GUCAUAUACCAAAAUGGUUGCCAUUAGCAUUGAUUCAGUGAUGGAUGUCUCUGCCGCGGAUCAGUCCUCGGCUACGUCGACAGGUGUUGCUAUAAAGGAUGAGCUACCAAAUGGUGACUACAUUUUAGUUGCCGUUGACAUCGAUACCACGGGACGCCGUCUCAUCGACGAGAUUGUCCAGUUGGCAGCUUAUACUCCUACCGAUCAUUUUGAGCAAUAUAUUAUGCCGUAUAUGAAUCUAAAUCCUGCUGCCCGUCAGCGUCAUCAAGUUCGCGUUAUUUCGAUUGGAUUUUUUCGUAUGCUGAAGUCGAUGCAGACCUACAAGAUCAUCAAAUCUAAAUCAGAGGUCGCUGCGCUAAAAGACUUCCUUGACUGGUUGGAUCAAUUAAAAUCGAAAAAUCCAAAUGCGGAUGGCAUUGUCUUGCUUUACCAUGAGGAGCGCAAAUUUAUUCCAUACAUGAUUUUGCAAUCGCUGGUCAAGUACGGCAUGCUCGAUCGAUUCACCAAGACAGUCAAGUCUUUUGUAAACAGCUUCAAUCUGGCCAAGUCCACAGUUGGCGAUACCAAACACUAUAGCCUACGCAAUCUGUCGAAGAUAUUGAGCAAGGCCAAGGAGGAGAACGCCAAGGGCAAUGGCAACGAUAAUGAAGCUGACAGUAACAGUAGUAGCGCGGAUAAGCAUGUAAAGAAUGGACUCCAACAAAAGGAGCGAGAUGAGUUCGAUGGCAGUGCCAGCGUCCGUGCCAAGCUAACCUUCAAUGUGGCUUUGCAGCUAAGCAAUUUGGACGUUAGCAGCAACACCGCUGAGCCGGAUUCAUCAGCGGAGGCCUUGAGCAAUCUGUUCAAUGCUCUCAAGCCUUUCACUGAGGCAAUCAGCGGUGAUGUCAAGGAGCUGGACACACAGAAUGUUCAUUUAGAGCGACAAAAUUCGUUUCGUCCCGUCUUCUUGAACUAUUUCAAGACCACGCUCUAUCAUCGUGUACGUGCCGUCAAAUUUCGUAUUGUGCUGGCCGAGAAUGGUUUCGAUCUAACCACGCUUAAUGAUAUUUGGACUGAGAAGCGUACCGAGGGGCUAGAUGCAGCCCUGCAAGGCAUUGCCAGCCUCAAGACCGAAGAUAAAAACGAGCUUGUUGAGCUGCUCGAUAGCUUCUUUGAUCCCAGUAAGGUGACCAUCAAACCGAUCAUUAAGCCAAGCACCAUUCGUCGUCGCAAUAAGCGUAACACGUCCUCUCACAAGUCCGGCGGCGGUGGAAAUGGUUCGCGUUCGGCCAGCGAUGAGUUUGGUGCCGGCGGGGAUAAGUCGCAAAGUUUAUCAUCUGUACCAGAUUCAACUACCAAAACACCGUCGCCUAUCAAGAACAGCGGGCGUCCACAGCGCAAACGUAAUUCGCGUCCCAGUCUCAACACCAAGGAGGUGAAGAAUACCGAAUCACUGAACAAUACUGCUCCGGCUAGCAUCUCCAUCCCCAACUACGUGCCCAUUGCGGCCACCAACUAAGAGGGACGCGGCGCUACUAAAAACAAACAGAAUAACCAAUAUGAUGAUAAAAAGAAAAUCACAAAAAAUUUGUCACAAAGGCAUCAAGCAACUCUUUGAAAAAAAAAAUUGGUAAAAAUGUAGAAAAAUAAUAAUAAUGAAGAAGAUGAAGAAAGAAUGGAAAAUAAUAAUUAUACAACAAGCGAAGCGAACUGUUUUCCUUUUUGAAGAACGGCACAGAUUAGAAACAAAUUGCAAUCCCAAAAUUCAAGUGUAAGAAGUUCAAAUUUCAAGUAAAAUAAUUUUUUUUUUUUGCGCAACAUGUACACAUGACUAUCCCAA